AUGGAAAAUGAUGAAAACAGACGAUUGCACAACAUUCUUUCUUCACCUGAGCAGCUUGCUUAUUUCGAGACCUAUUUACAGGGAAUUCAUGCUCAUGAAAACUUGCUGUUUAUUGAAGCCUUAUCAGAAUUACAACAUGAAAAAAUUUCCAAAAAUAUUGAAAUCAUUGUUCACAGAAUUUGGAAAACUUUUUUAACUUUUGAUUCGCCAUUGGAAUUAAAUGUAAAGAGCAAAGAACGUAUUGAUAGCUUCUUUCACGCACAUAAGUGGCAAGUCAUAUCUAAAACAGAUGCCCAGGAUGUUCUGAAAGAUGCUGAAGUUGAAGUCAAGAUAUUUUUGAAUGAAAAGAUCAUUGAAUUCGACAAGAUUCACAGCUUUGAAAGAAUUUUUCAUGCACCAACAUGUAACAAAUACCAGAAAAGGGUGGUGAUCAUUGGAGGAGGAUUUACAGGUUUCACUGUAGCUUCAAUUUUAGAUCCCAUGCCACGUUUUCAUGUUACUUUGAUUGAUACCAAAGACUCAUUUGAGUAUACCCCUGGCAUGAUCAAGCUGUUAGUGAGACCUGAAGAAACGUCGUCACUGAGAGUAAGACACGAUGCCUAUGUAAAGGAGGGCCGGGUCAUUAUUGGGUAUGCCGAGAAAGUUGUCGAAGAUGCCAAAUCCGUCAAAGUCAAUAAUGAAUAUGUUCCACUGGACUAUCUAGUCAUUGCUACGGGAAGUACUUAUAUGUCAAAGUUAAAGUCAUUUGACACGUCAUCGCUUUACAGAUUAUCUGAACUUGCGGCAGAGCACAACGCAUUAAAGCAAUCUAAAUCAGUUUUGAUUAUUGGUAGUGGUGGUUUGGUGGGAUGCGAACUUGCAAGCGAAAUAGCCACACAUGUAUACCCUUCCCCUUACCAAAAAAAGAAAAGAAUAACAAUCGUUGAUUCACACUCUAAUCUGGUGCGACGAAGCUCGGAAAAAAGACAAGCGAAUGCUCUGAACUAUCUGAAAGGUCUGGGUGUUGAAGUUGUUUUGAAUGAAAAGAUUGUGGAUUUUGACUCGGGUGAUACUAAUUCUUAUUUGGGAUCAAGUGGGUGUUGCUAUGCAGGUUAUGAUAAAGUGUUUAUGGCUACGGGUACAACGCCUUGCAGUGAAAUCUUUCAAGGGGAUGGGGAUGUCGGGUUUGAAUCUUCUGUAGAUCAUUGGGGGAAAGUGCGAGUGAAGAAGACGUUGCAGUUGGAUCAUUAUAAAUUUAAGCACAUCUUUGCGGGUGGGGAUGUAACCAACGUUACGGAGGAAAAAACGGGUUAUGCUGCUACUUUGGCCGGUGUUUGUAUCGCUAGAAAUAUUUGUCGACUUGAGAAGAACAAGGCUCCAUUAAAUCAAGGAUCGAAAGGAACAUUGCCUGCCCCUUCAAAGCCUUUGCAUGGAAUCGAAUCGCGCGGCGGUGUCGGUCGACAAAACCUAAAUUCUUUAAAAAGAACUUUUGCAUUUUUAAACCCAUCUUGGGCAGCAUUAAAGUAUUUUGAUGAACAAGAAUUCUUAAACAUUGUACAAGGCGAAGCAAAACUAUCUACGACCGCAGCGAUUGGAAGAAAACCAAAGGUUCUAAACUUACCCGAGAAAUUCUACAAAAACGCAGACAGUUCCAGCAGCAGCAGUGUAUAUAGCGUGGGCAGUAUUUUUAAACAACAAACAAAUCAUCAGCAAACCCAUUCAAAGAGUUCGGAUUCUACAGGGACCGAGACAAGUGUGCGCAUUUCAGCUAAAAAUCUAUCGGGAUCAGAUAUUAUUUCAACGAAUAUAAAUGAAGCUGCAGGGAUAGCCUUCUCAAACUGCACUUGUGGCAUGACACAAACUAAACAACACACCUCCGAUCAAAGUCAUGUUGUUGAAGAUCUUGCUUGGCCUCAAGUCGAAUUAAAACCACGCCCACUUACACCUACAAUCUAG